AUGCAUUCAAUUAAAAUAUAAUUAAGUGAUGAACCAGAGUUAUCAGGCGUAUGUUGGGCUUUGUUGUAAGCAUUUACUGAGAAUUCUCGAGUAUUACGACAUUGUUCAGGAGGAGGCAAUUAAACAUAAACACAGAAUAAUUUUGGGGAUCAUUAGUUAGAGUCUGAUAUCUAGUGUGAAGUUAAUAUCAAUAGGGAAUUAGAGAAAUGUGGAUUUGUGAGUCAUAGUGCAAACGAAGAGAGUCCUGAAGUAAUAAUAAUUAAUAUUAUUUAGAUGAAACAACUAUGUGAAGGAGGUAGAUAUAUUGUCACAUUCGAUCCUUUGGAUGGAAGCUCCAUUAUAGGCACAAAUUUUACAGUUGGUACCAUAGCGGGUAUUUGGAAAUCAGAUGAUAGCCUAUUAAUAGGAAAGAGAGGAAGAGAUCUAAUAUCUGCUUGUUGUUGUUUGUAUGGGAGUAGAACAACUGUUAUAAUUUAUAAUUAAAGAGAAGAUAAAGUUUAAGAAUACACUUUAUUUGGUAUAUUUUAUUGAAUAAUAUAUUUAGAUAGUGAUAAAUAAGGACAUUGGGAAUUAACAAAAGAAAAUAUAAAAAUUAAAUAAAAGGGAAAUAUCUUUAGUCCUGGGAACUUACGAAGCAUAAUCAAUCAUAAUGCUUAUAGAGAAGNUAAAUUAAAUUGGUAAACAAAACUAUAACAGUUUUAUCUACCCACAAAUACUAUUUAAAUUUUAAAGAUUAUUAGUUUACUGUUCAUAAUUAACAUAAGAGUGAAUAAUAGAAUAAGAUUUUGGAAAUACUCAUAUAUUUAAAUUAUGAGUUUGGUGAUUAUUUAUAAAUUUUUGGGAUGUAAAAAUGAGCAAAAAAUUAAUUAUUCUAGUUUAGAAUUAUGA